AUGCAAUUAAGUAAAAUACUUAUAACGAAUAAAAAAGGAAGAGAUAAUUGGUAUAAAUUAAGUAAUCUUUGGUUUUCAGGAUAUUCGUGUUAUAGUUUUUUAUUGAAUAAUUACAAAAAACAUUUUAUUUCUAUUAAAAAAAAUAAAAAUAUAGGAAAUUCAACUUUAAAAUUUAAAAAGAAUUAUAAUUCUGAUAUUGGAAUAAACCUUUCCAAUAAUAAAUCAGAAGAAUUCUUGAAAAAAAAUGAAAAUACUUGUACAGAAAUAUAUGCUGAUGGUUCUAUUCAUUAUAAUGGAACUGAAAAAACAAUGAUAAAAGGAAAAAAUAUAUCAGAAUGUGUUAUUGGUCUUAAACAAACAAAUCAACGUGCAGAAAUUAUGGCUGUUAUACGUGCAAUAGAAUCUGUAUCUAAUUAUGAGAAUAUUUUAAUAAAUACUGAUUCAAAAUAUACAGUGAAUGCACUAACUGUGUGGUAUAAAAAAUGGGAGAAUAAUAAUUGGAAAAGAAUAGAUGGAAAAUCAGUAAAAAAUAUAGAUUUAUUAAAAAAAGCUCUUAAGCUAAUCAAAGAACGUAAUGGAUACACAAAAUUAAAACAUGUAGUAGGCCAUAAAGGUAUUCAUGGAAAUGAACAAGCGAAUUAUCUUGCAAAUAUGAGUAUUUUUCUUUUAAAAAAAAAAUAA